CACGCCGGCUCUCGCUCAAAUCAUAAUCGCGGACCUGCAGCGAUCGACAACAAGAGCCAGAGCCGCAGCAACAAUAAAGAAAGAAGAAGAAGAAGCGAGAAGAUUCGAUCGUUCAAUCGAGUGUUCGAUCGGCCAUGGCGGGAUCGCGGCGAGGGGGCGACGAGGAGGCGUGCCGGGUCGGCCUCCUGGACGGGCACGGCGGCGCCAAGAAGGAUGACUGGCAGGUGGUCGACGGCGGCGAGGGAUCCAGCAAGCUCGGGAGGCGGGUGUUGGAGGAGUCGAAGAAGCUGUGGGUGAUCGUGGCGCCGGCCAUGUUCAGCCGCAUCGUCACCUUCAGCAUGAACGUCAUCACGCAGGCCUUCGCCGGCCACCUCGGCGACCUCGAGCUCGCCGCCAUCUCCAUCGCCAACACCGUCGUCGUCGGCUUCAGCUUCGGUCUCAUGCUUGGCAUGGCGAGCGCUCUGGAGACGCUGUGCGGGCAGGCGUUCGGCGCCAAGAAGUACCACAUGAUGGGCAUCUACAUGCAGCGCUCCUGGAUCGUGCUGCUCGGCUGCGCCGUGCUGCUCCUCCCCAUGUACUUCUUCGCCGAGGACGUGCUGCUGCUCACGGGGCAGUCGCCGGAGCUGUCGGCCAUGGCCGGCAGGGUCUCCGUCUGGUUCAUCCCGCUGCACUUCUCCUUCGCCCUGCUCUUCCCGCUGCAGCGGUUCCUGCAGUGCCAGAUGAAGAACUUCGUCAGCGCCGCCGCCUCCGGGGUGGCGCUCUGCGUCCACCUCCUCGUCAGCUGGCUCUUCAUCACCCGGUUCCAGUUCGGUCUCGUCGGCAUCGCGCUGACGCUCAACUUCUCCUGGUGGGCCACCUUCGCCAUGCUCUUCGCCUACGUCGCCUGCGGCGGCUGCCCGGACACGUGGCACGGCUUCUCCGUCGAGGCGUUCGCCGACAUCUGGGAGUUCGUCAAGCUCUCCGCCGCGUCUGGCGUCAUGUUAUGCCUGGAGAACUGGUACUACAGGGUACUCAUCUUGCUGACAGGGAACCUCAAGGACGCGGCUAUUGCGGUGGAUGCGCUCUCCAUCUGCAUGACUAUUAACGCAUGGGAGAUGAUGAUUCCCUUGGCGUUCUUCGCAGGGACUGGAGUGCGGGUGGCGAACGAGCUCGGCGCGGGAAACGGGAAGGGGGCUCGGUUCGCGACGAUCGUGUCGUCCUUGACGUCGCUGGUGAUCGGGCUCUUCUUCUGGGUGCUCAUCAUGGGCCUCCACGACAAGCUGGCGCUCAUCUUCACCUCCAGCGCCGUCGUGCUGGACGCCGUCAACAACCUCGCCAUCCUGCUGGCCUUCACCAUCCUGCUCAACAGCAUCCAGCCCGUGCUCUCAGGUGUGGCUGUUGGGUCUGGCUGGCAAUCGGCGGUGGCCUACGUCAACAUCGGCAGCUACUACCUCAUCGGCGUCCCCAUGGGUGUCCUCCUCGGCUGGCUCUUCGACCUUGGCGUCCUGGGGAUCUGGGCGGGGAUGAUCGGCGGAACCGCCGUCCAGACGCUGAUCCUGGCCAUCAUGACCAUUCGCUGCGACUGGGAAAAGGAGGCCAUGGUCGCGAGCACACGGAUGGACAAGUGGUCCGAGGUCCGGUGACCGGAGAGCUACGAGAGCAAGUUCCCUCUAAGGUACAGGCAUCGCUCCGGCCGGCCGGCCGUGUACGCGCGCGUGGAAGCCAUUACUGCCGCGCGCAGCUCGACGGGCUAGUAGUCAGAUUUGUACGGUGGAUUGAGGGGAAGAGAUGGCUGCGGUGUUGCAUACUUCAACAUCGACACUCUUGCAAGGGAGAGGAGGCUUAGCACAGUUUUGUACUGUUGUUUGAUAUUGUGGUGUAUACAUUCUUUGCUGUUCGUAUCCAAGCAAUACAUGCUCGGCCAGUUGAAAUGAAGUUUGGCCAAAAAAAUUUCACUUGGUUU